AUUGAGAAGAGUUUCCAGGGAGAAGCCAACGCAGCCAUAGACCCGUACUCCGAUCCAGCCGCCAAAAAAGCAUUUGAAAAAUAUGCUCAAGGCUUAGAGACGCCCUUCAGCCAUCUGCGACAACCCUUCGCGUGGGGUGUGUAUGCCAUUUCAGGUGCCAGAGAGGACAACAGUAAGACGCCGGUGCACCAGAUACCCUUGUAUCGCGCAGAUGCGGAAAAGUACUCGUACGCUAAUCUGUAUCAGGU